GAACAGGCAUGGCAUUGGCUAAAGAAGAGAUUAAAGGAUGUGGAGGUGGUCAGACCUGCUGAUGACUGGUGCCGGGAGUGUCAAGAUUGGCCUCAGUGGAGGAGGCCCGUGAGCUGACGCUUCUUCUGACGCUUCCUCAGCAGAAUUGGCCUGAUGGAGCAAAGGCACUCAGCGCAGCUCGGUACGAAAAGACAACAAUGGGACCAGUAUGCAAACAGCAUGGAUUGUACCGGAAGUGUGAUACAGAACCAGAUAACUCAAAGAGGAGAGAAAACCUUCAAGUGCACUGUGUGUGAGAAGGCAUUUGCAUGGUCAUCAGUUCUUCAAAAACACCGGAGAACACACACAGGAGAGAAACCCUUCAGGUGUAGUGUGUGUGGGAAGGCAUUUUCAGAUUCAUCUGUUCUUAAAAGACACCAGAGAACACACACAGGAGAUAAACCCUUCAGGUGUAGUGCGUGUGGGAAGGCAUUUUCAUAUUCAUCUGCCCUUAAAAGACACCAGAGAACACACACGGGAGAGAAACCCUUCAGGUGCACUCUGUGCGGGAAGCCCUUUGCAGAGUCAUCACAUCUUAAAGAACACCAGAGAACACACACAGGAGAGAAACCUUUCAAGUGCACUGUCUGUGAGAAGGAAUUUGCACAGUCAUCACAUCUUAAAAUACAUCAGAGAACACACACAGAAAAUAAACAUUUCAAGUGCACUGUGUGUGAGAAGGCAUUUGCUCAGUCAUCAGGUCUUCAGAUCCACCAGAGAACACACACGGGAGAGAAACCUUUCAAGUGCAGUUUCUGUGAGAAGACAUUUUCAAGUUCAUUUUAUCUUAAAAUACACAUGAGAACACACACAGGAGAGAAACCCUUCAAGUGCACUGUCUGUGAGAAGGUAUUUGCAUGGUCAUCAGGUCUUCAAAUCCACCAGAGAACACACAUGGGAGAGAAACCUUUCAAGUGCAGUUUGUGUUGGAAGGUAUUUUCAGGUUCAUCUCCUCUUAAACGGCACCAGAGAACACACACGGGAGAGAACCCCUUCAGGUGCCUUUUGUGCGAUAAAGCGUUUGCAAAGUCAUCAGAUCUUCAAAAGCACCAAAGAACACACACAGGAGAGAAACCCUUCAAGUGCAGUGUGUGUGGGAAGGCGUUUGCACAGUCAUCAAUUCUUCAGACCCACCAGAGAACACACACAGGAGAGAAACCCUUCAAGUGCACUCUGUGCGGGAGCGCGUUUUCACAGUCAUCUGCUUUUGUAAUACACCAGAGAACACACACAGGAGAGAAACCCUUCAAGUGCAAUCUGUGCCGGAAGACAUUUGCACAGUCAUCAAUUCUUCAGACCCACCAGAGAACACACACAGGAGAGAAACCCUUCAAGUGCACUCUGUGCGGGAAGGCGUUUUCACAGUCAUCUGCACUUGUAAUACACCAGAGAACACACACAGGAGAGAAACCCUUCAAGUGCACUCUGUGCCAGAAGGCAUUUGGACAAAGCUCGCAGUUAUCUGGCCACCAGAGAACUCACACAGGAGAGAAACCCUUCAAGUGCACUGUGUGUGACAAGGCAUUUUCACAUUUAUCGGUUCUUAAAAAUCACCAUAGAACACACACAGGAGAGAAACCCUUCAAGUGCACUGUGUGUGAGAAGGCAUUUGCGCAGGCAACAUAUCUUCAAACACACCAGAGAACACACACGGGAGAGAAACCCUUCAAGUGCAGUGUGUGUGGGAAGGCGUUUUCACAGUCAUCUCCUCUUGUAUUACACCAGAGAACACACACGGGAGAGAAACCCUUCAAGUGCACUCUCUGUGAGAAGGUGUUUGCACGGUCAACAUAUCUUCAAAUACACCAGAGAACACAUACGGGAGAGAAACCCUUCAAGUGUACACUGUGCGGGAAGGCCACGGAUCGUACUGGAAACUUGAUACAGCACCAGAGAACACACACAGGAGAAAAACCAUUCAAGUGCAAUGUGUGUGGGAAGACGUUUCCACUUUCAUCUACUCUUCAAAGACACCAGAAAACACACACAGGAGAGAAACCCUUCAAGUGCACUGUGUGUGAGAAGGCAUUUGCACGGUCAUCAGUUCUAAUGAGCCACCAGAGAACACACACUGGAGAGAAACCAUUCAAGUGCACUUCGUGUGGGAAGUCGUUUGCAGAGUCAUCUAAUCUUAGAACACAUCAGAGAACACACACAGGAGAGAAACCGUUCAAGUGCACUGUGUGUGAAAAGGCAUUUGCACAGUCAUCAGGUUUUCAGGCCCACCAAAGAACGCAUAUGGGAGAGAAACACUUUAAAUGCACUCUGUGCGUGAAGGCUUUUGCAGAUUCAUCAAAUCUUAAAAGACACCAGAGAACACACACAGGAGAGAAACCUUUCAAGUGCACUUCGUGUGGGAAGGCAUUUGCACAGUCAUCAGUUCUUCAGAACCACCAGAGAACACACACAGGAGAGAAACCUUUCAAGUGCACUGUGUGUGGGAAGACAUUUGCGCAUGCGGCACACCUCAACGUGCACUGUAGAACUCGCACAGGAGAGAAACCUUUCAAGUGCGCUGUGUGUGAGAAGGCAUUUGCAUGGUCAUCAAAACUUAAAAGACACCAGAGAACACACACAGGAGAGAAACCUUUCAAGUGCACUGUGUGUAAGGAGGCAUUUUCACAGUCAACACAUCUUAAAAUACACCAGAGAACACACAUGGGAGAUAAACCCUUCAGGUGCACUUCGUGCUCGAAAGCGUUUGCACAUUCAUCACAUCUUAAAAUACACCAGAGAACGCACACAGGGGAGAAACCCUUCAAGUGCAGUGUGUGCGGGAAGGCAUUUGCACUGUCAAAAGAUCUUCAGAGCCACCAGAGAACACACACGGGAGAGAAACCCUUCAGGUGCCCUCUGUGCGGGAAGGCAUUUGCACAGUCACAAGAUCUUCGGAGCCACCAGAGAACACACACCGGAGAGAAACCCUUCAAAUGCAGUGUGUGUGAGAAGGCAUUUUCAGUGUCAUCAAAUCUUAAAAAACACCAGAGAACACACACAGGAGAGAAACCUUUCAAGUGUACUGUGUGUGAGAAGGCAUUUUCAGAGUCAUCAUAUCUUAAAAAACACCAGAGAACACACACAGGAGAGAAACCCUUCAAGUGCAGUGUGUGUGGGAAGGCAUUUCCAAUUUCAUUUUAUCUUAAAAUACACCAGAGAACACACACAGGAGAGAAACCCUUCAAGUGCACUGUGUGCGGGAAGGCGUUUUCACGGUCUUCUGUUCUUCAGAGCCACCAGAGAACACACACAGGAGAGAAACCCUUCCAGUGCACUGUGUGUGACAAGGCAUUUGCAUGGUCAUCAGUUCUUCAGAGCCAUCAGAGAACACACACCGGAGAGAAACCCUUCAAGUGCACUCUGUGCGGGAAGGCGUUUUCACACUUCAGGAUAAAGAAUCACCAGAGAACUCACACAGGAGAGAAACCCUUCAAGUGUACUGUGUGUGAGAAGGCAUUUGGAUGGUCAUCACAACUUAAAAGACACCAGAGAACACAUACAGGAGAGAAACCUUUCAAGUGCACUGUGUGUGAGGAGGCAUUUUCACAGUCAACACAUCUUAAAAUACACCAGAGAACACACACAGGUGAGAAACCUUUCAAGUGCAGUGUGUGCGGGAAUGCGUUUGUAAAGUCAUCAGAUCUUCAGAGCCACCAGAGAACACACACGGGAGAGAAACCCUUCAAGUGCCCUCUGUGUGGGAAGGCAUUUGCACAGUCAAAAGAUCUUCGGAACCACCAGAGAACACACACAGGAGAGAAACCCUUCAAAUGCAGUGUGUGUGAGAAGGCAUUUGCAGUGUCAUCAAAUCUUAAAAAACACCAGAGAACACACAGAGGAGAGAAACCCUUCAAGUGCACUGUGUGUGAGAAGGCAUUUACAGUGUCAUCAUAUCUUAAAAAACACCAGAGAACGCACACAGGAGAGAAACCCUUCAAGUGCACUGUGUGUGAGAAGGCAUUUACAGAGUCAUCAUAUCUUACAAUGCACAAGAGAACACACACAGGAGAGAAACCCUUCAAGUGCACUGUGUGCGGGAAGGCGUUUUCACGGUCAUCAAUUCUUCACAAGCACCAGAGAAAACAUACAGGAGAGGAACCCUUCAAGUGUACCGUGUGUGAGAAGGUAUUUGCACGGUCAUCAGUUCUUCAGAGCCACCAGAGAACACACACAGGAGAGAAACCCUUCCAGUGCACUGUGUGUGACAAGGCAUUUGCAUGGUCAUCAGUUUUUCAGAGCCAUCAGAGAACACACACAGGAGAAAAACCCUUCAAGUGCACUCUGUGCGGGAAGGCGUUUUCCCAGUCAUCACAUCUUCAUAGACACCAGAUAACACACAGGCAUCAGAAGAACCCCAAGGAGUGUGGUCUGAAAUCGACUUGUGAAAGUCAAAGUGCUGCAAUGAGCCCAUCCCUCCUGAAAAAAGAACCAGAAGAAAAUCCAAGCUUGGACACUUUAAAAGGUAUCAAGGUGAAAUGUGAAGAAGCGAAUGUGAAAUGUGAAGAGGCGACAGUGAAGAGCGAAAAAGUAAAGGUAAAAUGUGAAUAUGAAGAUUCAACCUCAAAAUCGGACCUUCACAUUGAUGGAGGGAAUGUGAAGCAGGAGGAGAAUUCUGACUGUGAGGCAGAGCGAGACAACUCCCAGCAGUUUGUGGAAGUGGAGGUGUGGGUGGACUUCUUAGACAAUACAAAGUCAAAUGGAGACCCUGUAGAUGUGUAAGCUUGAGACAAUGAAGCUCCAUUAGAUUCACCUUUGUCACAGGCCUUUAAUGAAAUAAUGUAAAGUUGAACACCUAAUUCCUCUGUUCAACCUGCAGAGUAAGAGCAGCCAGUAUUUGCGGACUUGUGGGUUGAGUAGAUCUCUAACCAGGACCGAGAGCCAAUACGCUCCCGAGCAUUCACUGUUAUAAUAAUAUUAGCAUUUAUAUGGUGCUUAAUUGCCUCAGAAACUCGGAGGUUUGUAUCAAAUCUCAUCACAAACACUCGAAGAGCAUGUUGUAUACAUGCCUUCUCCAAAAAUGUAUAUUAAGAGUGAUCCUGACCUUUUU